AUGUUUGUUGAGGCCUUCAACGAGCUCCAGGUCCCAUCUCACCUGCUCGACCGUAGCAUUACACCCCUGGUGAGCUUCUCUGGUGAGGUGGUCCAGCCCAUUGGAAGCAUUCAUCUCCCAAUCUCUAUUGGAUCGGCACCCCAGUGGAGGACAAUCACCACUCCCUUCCUCAUUAUCGACUGCCCCACAGCCUACAAUGUCAUCCUCGGCCACCCCGUCAUGGCCCAAACGAAGCUGCUAUGCUUCAGUAGUAAAGUCCACCAACCACCAACAUCAGGGCGAGGCCCACGCAGUAACCCAGUCUCUAGCCUCGGUUCAAGCUGGCACCGAGCGCCCAGAAGAUCCCAAGGAGGAAUCUGUCACCCCAUAGGCCGAAUUUGUGGAAGACCUUGA